AUGUCUUCCCCUCUCCCCAUUCCGCGUCCUGCGAACUCGCAACAACCAUACCAGAACCCAUUGGGCUCCUCGCCGGCAUCUUUCACACCUGCUCUGUCGUCUCCCUUCCGACCCCGAGCCAACAAGAAGAUGUCCAUUGCCCAAACCUACUUCCUGGCCCACAAAGCCCGGGCCAAGCUGUCUUCGGAAGCUGCCCGCCCAGAUCACAACCUCCGCCUCCUUGUCGGCCACGCCAACCUCCUUGACUCGCUGAUGGUGGAACUCGCGGACGCCGAGCGGGAACAAGAAUCGUGGUUCAACCAGUCCGUCCGCGGCGCCUCGCCAGCGGCCCCAGCACCAACAGAGAAGCACAUCCAGUGGGCCGACACCAUCGUGGAGGAGCCCGAGAACGACUGGCGUGCCGAGGACGCCGAGUCGGACUCUGAUUCCGACUCCGAGUCCGACUCCGACUUUGACGACGACGAGGACAUCGAGAUGGCCGACGUCGUCCCCCUCCAGCGGGUGCCCUCGCAUCACAACAUGCUCCCGCACAAGGCUGCCUACCCCUUUGGCGCCGACCGCGAAGACUACGACAUGGACGAGGACGAUGAGGAGGACUACGCACAGCUUGCCCUGCAACGGAGUCCCUCGCACUCGGCCUCGGCAUCCCCCGUCUCACCACCGCCCGAGCUCGACGACGACUCGGACGCUUCCACCGAAGACGAGUCGAUGCCUCCCUCACCGCCCACAACACUCAUCCCAGAAUUCGCGGCGGGGACAGAACAACAACAGAAGAUGGAUGGGAGCAGCGCCAGCUCAAGUACAAGCACAUUGACGGUAGACCAUGGGGACAAGGCCUCCUUCUACGAAGAGGGGUUUUACCUCCCACCACGCAGCCCCGGGAGGUUGAUCUCAGCGAUAUCAGUUUAUUAG